GUUUGGUCAUGUCUGGACUGUUGGGUGUUCGCCUGCUGCUGCUGUGGGGCUGCGCCUGCCUCUGGCUGAGCUGCUCAGCCUCAGGAGCUCUGGUCAUCUCCGGGGACAAUGAAGCUACACAGGAACAAAGAGGGGCUGCCAGAUCACUGCAGGUGGAGGUAUACAGUGUGACAGUGGACUGCACUGUGACGUCUCGGUUCGCCCACACCAUCAUGACCUCCAAGGCUCUCAACAAAGCAAACUCGUCCCAGGAAAUCUUUUUUGAAGUGGAGCUGCCCAAGACUGCUUUCAUCACAAACUUCAGCAUGGAAAUCGAGGGUCAGGUGUAUGUCGGAGAGGUGAAGGAGAAAGAGAAAGCCAAGAAACAGUACGAGAAGGCCGUUUCCUCUGGACAGACUGCUGGACUCGUCAAGGCUUCAGGAAGAAAGAUGGAGAAGUUUUCAGUGUCUGUCAAUAUUGCUGCUGAAAGCAACGUGACUUUUGUCCUGACAUACGAGGAGCUCCUUCAGAGGAAACUGGGCCGAUAUGAGAUUUUGACCCGAGUCAAACCCAAAACACUGGUUCAGGAUUUUCAGAUUAAGACAAACAUUUAUGAGCCUCAGGGCAUUUCUUAUGUUGAUGCCCAUGCGACCUUCCUCUCAAACGAGCUGCUCCCUCUGAUGGAGAAAACUGUCACAGACAAAAAGGCGCAUAUCUCUUUCUCACCAACUAUGGAGCAGCAGAGGAAGUGUCCAGGUUGUGAUGGAACACUCAUCGAUGGUGAUUUUAUUGUCACCUAUGAUGUGAACCGAGAGACGAGACUCGGGGACAUACAGAUUGUAAAUGGCUACUUUGUGCACUUCUUUGCUCCUCCCGACUUACCCAAAGUCCCAAAGAAUGUGGUGUUUGUUAUUGAUAUAAGUACAUCAAUGAUGGGAAGAAAGAUUGAACAGACACGAGAAGCUAUGCUGGCCAUUCUUCAACAAGUGCAUGAAGAAGACCACUUUGGAAUUGUCCUGUUUCAUUCUUGGGUUGAAACCUGGAAGGAAUCACUUAGCAAAGCAACAAAGGAAAACAUAACUGAAGCCAUGGAUUACAUUAGAGGACUAGGACCCCAAGGAGCUACUAAUAUCAAUGAUGCAGUGAUGACUGGCAUAAACAUGCUGGUCAAAGACAGACAGAUGAACCGGCUGCCAGAGAGAAAUGUAGAUAUGAUUAUUUUACUGACUGAUGGAAUGCCAACUGUUGAGGAGACCAACAUAGAAAAGAUCCAGCAGAAUGUGCGUACAGCCAUUGGAGGAAACAUGUCUCUGUACUGUCUUGGAUUUGGAAAUGAUGUGGAUUAUGCCUUCCUGGAUGUGAUGAGCACACAAAACAAGGGUCUGGCCCGCAGAAUCUUUGAAGGUUCAGAUGCUGCUGUUCAGCUCCAGGGCUUCUAUGAAGAAGUGGCCAGCCCUCUACUUUCAGAGGUGGACUUGCAUUAUCCUGACAAUGCAGUGGACUUUCUGACUACCAACCACUUCAGCCAGUUGUUUAAUGGCACAGAGAUCGUCGUGGCUGGUCGAGUGAUGGACAACAACCUGGACAACUUCUUGGUGGAAGUGUUUGGACAGGGGUUUGAAGAACAGUUCAUAGUCCAGGGCCAAGCCAGCACUGAGGACUGGAAUGUGAUCUACCCAGACGAGGAGUACAUCUUUGGAGAUUUCACUGAGCGUCUGUGGGCCUACCUCACUAUCCAGCAGUUACUGGAGAAGGGCAAGAGCGGUACACCAGAUGAGAAAGCCAACACCACAGCCAAGGCCCUGGAAAUGUCCCUGCAGUACAGCUUCGUCACCCCUCUCACAUCCAUGGUUGUUACCAAGCCCGAAACUGAAGAUACACCAAGCGGCCCUCUCAUUGCUGACAAGCUGACUGAAGAGCAAAGACAGAAGGCUGAAAAAAUGGGAUAUCAAUAUGCAGCUCCACAGUUGUACCCACAGUCUUACAGGCCAGCACCCGCAUAUCUGAGGCGAACACAGAAGGCUGAAAAAAGGGGAGAUCAAUAUGCAGCCCCGAAGUUGUACCCACAGUCUUACUGGCCGGCAACCGCAUAUCUGGUGGAUGGAGAUCCUCAUUUCAUUAUAGAGCUCCCGGACAGAGGAGAUGCUUUGUGCUUCAACAUCAAUGACAAACCAGGAACCAUUUUCAAUCUGGUCAGAGACCCAAAUUCAGGUAUUUUGGUCAAUGGUGAGAUCAUUGGAGACAAGAAGAUUCCCCCUGAUGGGAAAAUCAACACCUAUUUCUGGCGUUUUGGCAUUGUCCACCAGACCCUCGGGGUCAGGCUGGUGGUGAGCACUGAGGACAUCUCUGUGUUUCAGGACGGCAAACAGGUCAAACUGCUGUGGUCUGAUACAGCCUCCCUUAAAGGACCCAAUGUGGAUCUUCUUGUGACCAAGGAUCGCAGCCUAACCGUAACACUAAGAGAUUCGGUUAAGUUUGUGAUCCUGCUUCACAAAGUGUGGAAGAAGCACCCAUACCACCGGGACUACUUGGGUUUCUACACCCUGGACAGCCACCUCCUGUCCCAUGACGUCCACGGCCUGCUAGGUCAGUUCUGUCAUGGGAUUAACUAUGAGGUGACAGACUUGCGUCCAGGAAAAGUCCCAGAGAAACCAGACGCCACCAUGUAUGUGAAAGGACAAGAACUCAGUGUGACCAGAGGCUGGCAGAGGGACUUCAGGUGGGAUGUGAAGAAUGGAGAAAAUGUCCCGUGCUGGUUCAUUCACAAUAAUGGAACUGGCCUCAUUGAUGGAAACGUGACCGACUACAUUGUGUCUGGCCUUUUAAAAUCUGUUUAAAAAGAGGCCGCACAGCUGUAGCUGCUGCUGAAGUCAUCAAUAUGAAAUUCAUGAAAGAAAUAUUCAAAUCUGCAGACACAACACCAACAUGUAACUAACACAAAACAGGUUUCAUUUGUAGUGCUGUGCAGAUAAUUUACUUAAUGGUGGCAAAUACUGGGGGAUGAUAUUAAAAUACAUGUGAAACAGUUAUUAAAGAUGGACUCAAACUGGA